UACAGGUGGCGGCACCAAAAGUAAAAAAGUUGUGAAAAGACCAUGAAAUUUUACCGUUUUACAACAAUCCACGAAAGCAGAAGCUCUUAGAAAAUGACAACUCUUAGACCAUUUACUUGUGAUGACAUGUUCAAGUUUAACAAUAUCAAUUUGGACCCUCUUACAGAAACUUACGGCCUUCCAUUCUACAUGCAGUAUCUCGCCCAUUGGCCAGAAUAUUUCACAGUCGCUGAGGCCCCUGGUGGUGAGAUCAUGGGUUACAUCAUGGGUAAGUCUGAGGGCCACCCCGAUAACUGGCAUGGACAUGUGACAGCUCUGACUGUCGCUCCUGAAUACAGGCGUCUUGGGCUGGCUGGGAAACUCAUGAAUAUCUUAGAGGAAGUAUCAGAUAGAAAAAGGUGCUUUUUUGUUGAUCUGUUUGUGCGAGUGUCAAAUAACGUUGCCGUGGAUAUGUACCAUCGAUUAGGUUACAGUGUGUUCCGAAGAGUCAUAGAAUAUUACAGUGGUGAAACGGAUGAAGAUGCCUUUGAUAUGAGAAAAGCCCUGUCUCGAGACGUUGAUAAAAAGUCGGUGAUACCUUUAAAACAUCCCGUCAGACCUGAAGACUUGGAAUGACUAUAGUGAAAUAUCUGGACUUUUAUACCAUGAUGAUGGUGUUCAUACAACGUCCUUCAAUACUGGGGUGGGGCGUCUGUCAACUUUGUUUUAGUUGAAAGACUUUGGCAACUAAUGAUUUCUGACACCAUACUUAUUUGGUUAUUGUCGUAGAUGAAAAAUAUGGUUGUAUCUGUGAGAAUAUCGGAGAUAUGUCAAAAUGUCACGAGUUUUUAAAUCAAAGCUUAACGCAAAUGAACAGAAACUAGGUCAUCAAUUUGCUGUAUUCUUUCUCAAGAAAUGAUCUUGGACAUUGUAUCUAUUGUAUAAUAAAUAAUAUUUGAUGAA